GCGCCGAGCCCAGCUGAUGCAACCCUGCGGGCCCCCACGUGAUUGACAGACGGGGGUCCGGUGGGGUGCGGGGCCUGAGGGGCAGCGACGCCAGGGGCAGUUGGGGGGCGGUGGGAGAGGGGGAAGGGAACCCAGCUGGCAGCAGCGGGUCCUGAGACCUGGUCCCGAUCCUCCCUAUUUCCCCUGCACAGAGUGUGCGGGACAAUGGGGGACACGCUCAGCCCCGAGGAGAAGCUGCACCUCAUCACCAGGAACCUGCAGGAGGUUCUUGGGGAAGACAAGCUGAAGGAAAUCCUGAAGGAGCGGGAGCUAAAGGUCUACUGGGGAACAGCUACCACGGGCAAGCCGCAUGUGGCCUAUUUCGUGCCGAUGUCCAAGGUCGCCGAUUUUCUGAAAGCAGGAUGUGAGGUGACGAUUCUAUUUGCUGACCUCCACGCCUACCUGGACAACAUGAAAGCCCCAUGGGAGCUGCUGGAACUGCGCACGUGCUACUACGAGAAUGUGAUCAAAGCCAUGCUGGAGAGCAUCGGGGUCCCCCUGGAGAAACUGAAGUUUGUCCGAGGCACCGACUAUCAGCUCAGCAAGGAAUACACCCUGGAUGUUUAUAGACUUUCCUCUGUGGUCACCCAGCAUGACGCCAAAAAAGCUGGGGCUGAGGUGGUGAAGCAAGUGGAGCAUCCUCUCCUGAGUGGUCUGCUCUACCCAGGACUACAGGCCUUGGACGAGGAGUAUCUGAAAGUGGAUGCCCAGUUUGGAGGUGUGGAUCAGAGGAAAAUCUUCACCUUUGCCGAAAAGUACCUCCCCGCCUUGGGCUACUCGAAGCGAGUCCACCUGAUGAACCCGAUGGUCCCCGGAUUGACUGGCAGCAAAAUGAGCUCUUCCGAAGAGGAGUCCAAGAUCGAUCUCCUAGAUCGGAAGGAGGAUGUGAAGAAGAAGCUGAAGAAAGCCUUCUGUGAACCAGGAAACAUCGAGACCAACGGAGUCCUGUCCUUCAUCAAGCACGUCCUCUUUCCGCUCAAGUCAGAGUUUGUGAUCCUCCGCGAUGAGAAGUGGGGAGGGAACAAGACCUACACGGUUUACCCAGACCUGGAGAAGGACUUUGCGGAUCAGGUGGUGCACCCGGGGGAUCUGAAGAACUCGGUGGAAGUGGCCCUGAACAAGCUCCUGGACCCCAUCCGGGAGAAGUUUAACACACCAGCCCUGAAGAAACUCUCCAGUGCUGCCUACCCCGACCCAUCAAAGCAGAAACCAGUUGCGAAAGGAUCUGGCAAGAAUUCCGAGCCGGAGGAAGUAAUCCCGUCCCGGCUAGAUAUCCGGGUGGGGAAAGUGGUCAGUGUGGAGAAGCACCCGGACGCCGACACCCUCUACCUGGAGAAGAUAGACGUGGGGGAAGCGGAGCCGCGGACGGUGGUCAGUGGCCUGGUGCAGUUUGUGCCCAAGGAGGAGCUACAGGACCGGCUGGUGGUGCUGCUGUGCAACCUGAAACCUCAGAAGAUGAGGGGAGUCGAGUCACAGGGCAUGCUGCUCUGCGCCUCCACAGACGGGGAGAACCGUCAGGUGGAACCCCUGGACCCUCCGCCCGGCUCAUCCCCGGGGGAGCGGGUGUUUGUCGAGGGCUACGAGAACGGCCAGCCGGACGAUGAGCUCAAGCCCAAGAAGAAAGUGUUCGAGAAACUGCAGGCUGACUUUAAGAUCUCAGAGGACUGCGUCGCCCAGUGGAAGCAAACCAACUUCAUAACCAAGCUGGGCUGCGUCUCGUGUCGAUCCCUGAAGGGGGGGAGCAUCAGCUAACGAGCGCGCAGCCUCUCCCUCCACCCCCCCUCCACCUGCUGCCAUCUUGCUGUCUGUUCCUUCUCCCGUCUCCCGUCCACUGGCCCUCCCCUGGCACUGGGACUCCACAUUUGAAUGUCCCAAGUUGAGUUGGAGACACCCCUCUGGCCAGGGGCUCUGAGCAUUACGGUUAUCAGAGGAUGGGGCUCAGCAGGGGCUACCCCGGGGCGGGAGGUUGGGGGGCUUGAUCCAGCCACCUAUCAUCCUGUUGACCCCUUCAGAGGGGCUGACCGGAGGGAACCGGUGGACUCCUCAGCUGACUGAGGAGAUAUCUGAUUUCGGUGUAACUGGGGAAAAAAUUAUAAAACCUAAGAAACACUGUGGAUUUUCAAAUCAGAAAAAUACCCACUCCCGAGCCACCCCCAGAGGAUCCCAGCUUUGCGGCUUGGGCUACGCCUCCGGCUCGGCUCUGGCGUCGGGAGCGAGCUAAUUACAGCUCCUGACCGCUAAAAAGUGGGGCCCGGCAAGGCAGAGAAGGCGGGUCCCUGAAAGAGCGAUUGGAAAAGAUGGCUGUCUCCCAGGAAGAAGAUGGGGGAUCAGGGGAUUCAGUACCCUGGCCCUUCCAUAGCGCUCUGCCUCCAGGUUGGGAGAGGAGAGGUCCUGUUGGUCUCUUUUGACUCAGGGGCUUGUGUCAGCCCCAACUCUGCCUGCUUCCCCUCCCUGAGUCUGGUGUGGAUUCAUAGCCUCAUCGUGGUGUAUUGGAUUUCUUUUAUUAUUUUUUAAGAGGAUGGGAGCCUCCCUCUAAUGCAUCUUAACCUGAAUCAUCCCUGUAAUAAAACAAAAUAAAAGUGUCCAGCCAAGAGCA